AUCAGUGUUGUUCCUGGUUGUACAAUUGUACAAAAUGUGGUACAAUCACUCAUGUGGUUGUACUGUGGUACGCACUCUCGGAAAAAGUCGGAAAUGUUGUACAAUUUUGUAUUACCAUUUUUAUUACGAAAUGUGUAUUUCCGCAAAGUGGUUGUAUGUUUUACUAUGCAAUAGGUCAUGUUUAUGUUUAUUGAAAAUUAAAAAGAUGAGACUGGCAGAUGUCAAUUAUUAGCCUGUCACUCUUGUUGUCAGUUGUCAGUUAGUACUCACAGAACACAGACAGACGAGUAAGUGUUCUGUGAGACAGACCACGGGGAAACCCAACACUCCCAAUAGGAUACCUUCCCGAACGCGAGAACCAAAAACUACUAUUAUAUAAUCAAUUUUUAAGGAAUAUAAAUAUGGAUAAGUACUUAAUAAAAAUAAGCGAAACUCAAAAUGAUACAUCACUGGCAUCCACUUCUAGUUUUGAAAAUGCAGAUCAUGAUUAUGGCUUUGAAAAUGCAGUUCAUGAGUAUGGAUUUGAAAUGGAUGAAAAUAUAUACGAACAUGAAGUAGUAAUUGAAACAGAUAGUUUUGAAAAAAGUGAAAAGGAAAAUGAACAGGAUACACACAAAAGAUCCAAACGAAAAUGGAAAAAAUAUAUUCCAUCAUCAAUUGAAAAAUUAGCCAAUGAAUAUUCAUGGAUAGAUUCUACGAAGAAAUUUGUAUUUUGUAAAGUAUGCUCCCUCAAACUGGCAGGUGGACGAUUUCACCUAAAUCGACAUAGCAAUAGUAUAACCCAUAUAAAUAAUAUAUGUCUAGCUAAAACGACUGUUAAUAUUGACAAAUUUCUAAAAAAAAAACUGACAAAUACGGAUUUACAAAUAAAAGAAGCGGAACUAAAAAUGUGUUGUUAUAUGUGUGAACACAAUUUAUCAUUUCUAUUAAUAGACACACUUCCCCUGUUAAAUAAAAAUAUUUACCCUGAUUCAUUAAUAGCUAGUGGAGUGAAUAUGAAAAGAAAAAAAGUGACGGGUUUAAUUGUUGAAGUUUUGGCACCAUAUUUUAAAAAACAAAUAUUGCUUGAUUUAAGAAAGAACAAUUUCUCAAUAAUAAUUGAUGAGACAACAGACGUUGGUACAAAAAAAUGUUUAGCCCUUGUUGUGAGAUAUUGGAAUGAAGGGACUGUAAAAGACAGAUUUCUUGAAUUAUUAGAAAUAAAACAGUGUACAGCAGAAGCAAUAUUUAACUGCAUUAGAGAAUUUUUUGACUCAAAUAAUAUUCCUUUAAAAAAUAUUAUUGGUUUAGCUGCUGAUAACGCCAGCACAAUGAUGGGACACUUAUCAGGCGUUCAAAAAAGAUUCAGAGAUAUUGUGCCUCAUAUUUAUGUGCAAGGAUGUACUUGUCAUUCUUUGCAUCUGUGUACCUCCUCUGCAGCAAAAAAAUUACCUAAUACUGUGGAACAAUUUACACGAGAUAUAUAUUCAUAUUUUUCAAAUAGUAAUAAAAGACAAGAAGAAUUACAGGAAUGUCAAGUAUUUUUUAAUGAAAGGCCACAUAAAAUGUUAUACCCUAGCCAGACCCGUUGGUUAUCUUUGAUUGCUGUAGUCGACAGAAUAUUAGGGCAUUGGGAAUCUUUAAAAUUAUUUUUUUCAAGAGCGGUUGCCAAUGAUAACUUGCCACAAGCAAAAUCUGUUUUGAAUGCUUUAAAUAAUCCUAUAUAUAGACUGUACCUACUUUUCUUGUCAUAUAUUUUAAAACUGGUGACUGAUUUGAAUGUGGAAUUACAAAGCGAGAAACCGAAAAUUCCAAUUUUGCUUUCUAGGGUGAUAGCUUUGUAUAACACUAUUUUAAAAUGUUUUAUAAAAAAAGAUAACAGAAGUAAAUUUAAUAAGGUUCAAGAGAUCAAUAUACACAAUCCUUCCAAUUAUGUAUUGAUUGAGAAUUUGUAUAUCGGGGCAAAAUCUGAUAUUUUCCUCAUGCAGAAUCUUGAUAAGAUACCAAAAGAGGAUCUUCACAGUUUUAGAGUGCAUGUACUUAGUUUUUUUAUUGAAUUAGCAAAUCAGAUUAAACAACGCUUCAACUUUGAAGAUCAACAUUUAAAAUAUGCUGCUAAUUUUUGUGUUAAAACAGCUAUGUCUGGUGAAAUAAAAUCAAUUGCUGUCUUUUCAAUUUUGUUUCCUGAUAUUGAUUUGGAUGUAGAAGCUGUAAACACAGAAUGGCAAAUGCUAAGUGAGACUGAUUUGGGGAUAAGUAAUAAUGACUCUUGUUCUUUAGAUUUUUUUUGGGAAAAAGUCUCUAAAGCUAAAAAUUCACUAGAUGAAUUUAUGUUUCCCAAUCUUAUUAAAGUAGUCAAAAUAAUACUGUCACUACCCCACUCAUCAGCCACAGCAGAGAGAGUAUUUUCAGAAUUAAAUCUAAUUAAAACGUCUAUUAGAAAUAAACUGUUAGUAAAAACAUGUUCCGCAAUCUUAAAUGUAAAAGAUGCAAUGAAGUUGGUAAAAGGUGGUUCUGUGUCUUGGCGUGCAAGCCGAGAGGCUUUAAAUUAUAAUGAAUCCACUUAUAAAAAUUAUUUAGAUGAAAACAUAUGAAUUUAAACUGAUAAUUCUGCCCAGAAGUUUGUAUUUUUCGAGAGUGUUAUUUUUUAGUUUUUUAUACCUCACUUUCUUAAUUUAUUUUAUUUAUGUUUUUUUUUUUCAUAUUCUAGGUUGUAGAAAAAAUGUUGCAAAUGAAAAGUUAAC